AUGGCGACGGCUGCUGAUGAAGCGCUAGCUAACGAUGUCGGUUCGCUGACUGUCAGUGAUAACGAGAAGCCUGUCACUUCUGACAUGACAGACGAAUUUGCAGUAAAGUGGGGAUUCAAACUUCCAGAAGUGUACAGACUAGCUUUGAAAUUCUACAAAGAAAAGGAUGGGAAAGCCAUUCACCUUACCUACAAAGACAAGCUGAAGUUGGUGGCUUACACAAAACAGGCAUCACAUGGGAAGUGCCGAAAUGACAUCUCCCCUGAGGUGGGAUUCCUUGACGUAGUGGGCAGUGAUAGAAGACAGGCGUGGCAGGUACUUGGAGAUAUGUCACAAGAAACUGCCAUGGAAGAAUUUGUCAAACUGCUGGACAGCCUCAGUGGCUUGUUCAGGCCUUAUAUAGAUGCUCACAAGGUUGAACAUUUGGAAAAAAUCCGAAAACAGAAAGAAGAAGAAGAAAGAAAAAGAUUAGAAGAAGCUGAAAGAGAGCAACAGAGACUCGAAGAGGAAGCAAGACGUCAGCUGGAGAUGGAAAGACAGAAACAGUUGGACCAGGAAAUGCAGAUCCGAACAGCUUUGAACCAGCAGACAGCUGUACAGUUUAGUCAAUAUGCCCAACAACAAUAUCCCACCAACAAACAACAGCAAGAGGAGCUAAUUCGUCAGCUGCAGGAGCAGCACUUCCAGCAGUAUAUGCAGCAGGUGUACCAACAACAGUUACUCCAUCAGCAACAACAAUAUCAGCAACUGCAGGACAUGGCCCAGACUGGCACUGGUCAGCCCCCCAGACCCCCACCCCCAAAGGUCAGUCAUACAGAGGUCACCCAGACUGCCACACCUCUUCUACAAAAUGGUGAUAGCAGUACUACUCCUACAACAACAGCAGUAACAGAAAACGGACCUAUGUCAGUCCCUCCUCCUACAUCUGUCCCCAGCAAUGAAGAAGACAAUCCAGACCAAAUCCCAGCUCCCAUGCCUAACCUGAUGCCACCAUCCGUCUGGACACGUAAAGGUGGCCAAGGCUUCAAAGAUUCAGUUAAGGGUUGCAAAGAAAAUGUCAUAUACAUUGCCUCGUUGGCUACUGCCACGGUGCGAGUGCCAACACAUAUAGAUGGGACUUGUUUAUUUUGGGAGUUUGCUACUGACUAUUAUGACAUUGGCUUUGGCGUGUAUUUUGAGUGGUCAGUUGCUCCGAAUAACACUGUUAGUGUUCAUAUAAGUGAGUCCAGUGAUGAGGAGGAACUCGAGGAUGAACCAGUUGAAGAGAAAGGUGACAUAGAGAAGGGACCAAAACGAGAUGACCGACCGCCCACUGAUGAAAUAAUUCCUGUAUAUCGACGGGACAGCCAUGAAGAAGUAUACUGUGGUAGCCAUGCCUACCCAGGACAGGGAGUGUACCUACUCAAGUUUGAUAACUCCUACUCAUUGUGGCGUUCAAAAACUCUUUACUACCGUGUCUAUUACAGUAGAUAAUGCUUCAGGAGGAUAUCAGUAUUAAGGUCCUGGUGACUUCUAGAUCACGUGUAUGAAAGAGUGGGGCAUGUUACUGAAUGUCUGAGGAAGGUAGUAUGUGCUGAAAUACAGUGGUUCAUUCUUCAAUGCUUUUGCUGUUUUGUUCUCAAGAUGACCAUAUGUAACAUUGAAUUUGACUACUUAAAACAAAACUGAUAAUCAAAUGCUUGAAAUUUGAUUUCUAAAGUGAUCAAUAUGGUGUGUGUUUGUGAUUUAGAGUGACAGGACUGUGGUCAACUCAAUGGCCACCACACUGUUUGAUCUGUGAUUGUGAUACUAAGCUGUCUGUACAUUCGAGGUAUUUUAUCAAUUAUCACAUCUUUCAGAUUGCUAACAGUAACAAAAACGGGGUUACUUGGUGAGAUCAUGUAGUGAUUUCUAAAAUGAAAGCCUGCAGAAGCCAUACAUGUGUUGCUGACCCGACAUUAAGUGCCUGUGAGCUUACUAUGCCAAGGUGUGGUGUUUGUCAAAUAUCAAAUUAUCUUAAAAUGUUUUUAAGGAAUCAAAUUUUUUUUUUUAUUUAUUCCCCCCUCCCCCUCCCAAAACAUUUCCAGAGAUUUAUAUAUCACAGUUUAUCAAUAUUUAUCUUAUUUCUGGUAUAUAAAAUAGAUAAAAUAUCUGUCUGUUUUGUUAAAAUGAGGAGAGAUUGGUUGGCCCUUACACAUGGAAAAUAGGAUGUUAGAAUGUAAGGUCUUAUAUGUAAUACUAGCCAAUGUAUUAAAUAUUGGGAGAAUUAUGUAGACUUGUUUUGUUCUUUUCUGGGAAAGUAAAAGACGGUCUAUUAAACAUACAAUUACGAUCUGCAAAAAGUUUUAUUGAAAUUCCAUGAAAAGAAAUUUCACUUGGUCUAGUAAAUGUAUUGUACCAUAGCUUAAGCUGUAUCAUUUAGCCUUGCUUUUAUUUUAUACUUAGGAACAAAUUCAUUUUUUGUUAAGAAAAUAAUAUUGGUUGUAUUUAAAAUCAUUGAUCAUGCAUAUACUGUCGUGCAUAAUUAUAUUUAAUAAAAAUAUGAAAUCAUAUUUUAAUAACAUACACUUCCCAUGAAGUACAUUGUGUACACAACACUUGUGAGACACUUGUAUUGCCAAUGGGGCGUACACUUUGUCUGUGCAUCAGCUAAUCAUUUUCUCGAGAUCAUUUCAUCUUGGGCAUGCCUAUAUACUCUGAUCACUAAAAAAUAUUUUGUAUGCGAGUGCAUCUUGAAAUGGUGAGAUGUUGAAGGCAUGAGUUCAGUCUCGGAGCUUUACUAUAAAUAGAGUUGUAGCCCUUGUUCACUGUUGUUCCAGACCUUGUCAGUAGUCACCUGUGAUAGACAAAUUUGGUCUAUCUGUGGACGCAAAGAGUUGCGUACAAUCAAAUGGUCUUUUAUACCAUGGUGGGACAGAGUUAUCACCCUUUGCUUACUGUUCAAAGAAAGGUCAGAUGUCUCCCCCUGUUGCACUUACAUAUGGCCUGUUUUCAAUACAGAAAGUUUUUAAGGAAGUACAGGACUAGGAAUUGCUCACAUGUCUAUUUUUGGAAAAGAACUUCCAAGGAUUAAGAUUAGUCUGGGCUGUCUGAUAGAACCAUCUCCCUGAAAGCAUGCCAAACACUCCAGUGUAGUUAUAUAUCUUUCAUAAAGUGCUGGAAUGAUUAACGAGACGGAAGAUUCGGGUCAAAAGUGAAAACUACCAAAGUAGAAGUUCAAAAUACAAGGGGGAAACCUGUCAGAAAUGUCAUGCUUGAACAGCAGAUGUGAUCAGGAAAAUGUACUUUACCACACAUUAAAUGUAGACAGCAAUUAUUAUUGCAGGGGAUACUACAACUACACAGGCAUAAAUAUCAACUACACAGGCAUAAAUAUCAACUACACAGGCAUAAAUAUCAACUACACAGGCAUAAAUAUUAACUAUACAAGCAUAAAUAAUCAGGUGAAUGAACACAAGAUGUACAUACUUCAGAAGUGACAUACAAUUUACAUGUAUGCACAGUACAUGUAUGAUGUAGUUAGAAGCUGGGUUUUACCAGUUGGGAGUCUAUUUUGAAUUGGUUUGAAAACUUAUGUUCUGUGAAUAUUUUGUUGAAUUUAAAAGAGAUUUAUUAUAUAAUCAAUUGUUAUUAAAACUGAUGGCACUCUUUGCCUAAAGUUUAUCAUACAAAAAAUCUGAAGAUACUGACGUCACAUAGGUCAGUCACCUGGAUGGCACUAUUUCUAAUUGUUUUUGCUCUGGUAUGUUAAAAGAUGUUGUGAAUGUACUGUCUGUCAAAAACUUCUUGUUUCACUGUGUGUUUGGAGGUUUCAAAAAGCUUCAAGUACAAAAUAUCGCAGGAAAAACUAUUGAACAUUCAUGUUCAUGAUAUUGCCCUCUUAAUAUGUGUGAUGUUUUUUAGUAACUUGAUAAUGACACAAUUUGUAUUUAUUUAAGUUGAGUCUCUAUUAGUGAAUACUGAUAAAUUUGUUUUCUGUCAGAAGAAAUAUGGACCCCUAUAAGAGAUAUAGUAACACCUAAAGGCGAUCCUUCCAUCGGUCCAAGCCAACUGUCAGUAUUUAAGGGUAGAGAGGUGUAGUUGUUCACAGUGGAAUUCUGUUAGCUUCUAAAUGUUGUCAAUGAGAAGAAAUUUCAGCAGCGUCCCUAAAAGUCAUUUAAGGGAGAUUUUGUGCUGUAGAAUACAUGUCAAUGAUAAUUCUGUUGUUUUCAUGCUUUAUACCUCAUAGUAUGUUAGAAAUUUAGAUCUGCUUUCCAUAUCACUUCAUUUAUCAUUUUGAGAUAUGGCUGAAUAUUCUUGUAAUACAAUGUAACACAGAUAUGAAUCUGAAGUACGACCUCAACUUAAACCUGAAAAUCUGAACAGGAUUCACCAUAACAGCAACAACUUGAAAAGCUUGUAAUUACUUGUCUUUGAAUUUUAGAUUUCAGUUUAAUUAUGUCCAGAAGCUAAAAACUUGAAAUAAACUCAGUGAAAGGAUGGCAAUCGAUUCUUCCUUCAAUGUCUCAAGCUUUGGUCACAUUUUCUUUAGAUAACACAGAUGUGACUUGUGGAGAGAAGAUAGGAAGGUUGGGACAAGGAGAGCUUUCUGUAAAAGGGUGAUAAUAGAGAUGCAAGUUUUGGAGUUGGAGAAGAUAGGAAGGUUUGAAAUGCAGAAAGCUUACAAUGAAAGGGUGAGAAAAGAGAUGAGAGUUUUGGAAUUAAAGAAGAUAGGAAGGUUUGGAAUGCAUAAAGCAUAUAAGUAAAAGGUUAAUAAAAGAGAUGCGAGUUCUGGAGUUGGAGAAGAUACACUGAUUGUGGUUGAUGAGAGCUUACUAUCAUGACAUACUGAUGGUUAUAAGCAUUAAUACACUACAUCUUUAUUUUACAAACUUAGAGUUAACAUGGAAAAAAAUUCAAUUGUGUUAAGAUGAGUAGUUUAAUUUUGAAUAUUUGUGUUAUUUUUGACGGAGAAGAAAAUGUUUCAUUUCAGACUUGCCUUUAGCUAUGGAUUGGCCACCGGCUGUCAAUGUUUGAAUGUUAGUUUGACUAUGGAUUGAUAAUCCUGUCAACCUUGAUUUACAUGCGAUGUCUGUCCAGUCAGACAUUUACUGUCUGUCAGCUGUCUGUCCAGAUAUACACUUCAUGUCUGCUUAUUCAGACAUCAUCCACAUGUUGGCUUUCAGUUCAGUUGUGUAUUUUAGAUUUCUAUCCAGCUAGAGAUUGUCUGUGUCGGUCUGUUGAGAUAUGAGUCACUGGUUCGUACAUCAGAUGUCUGUCUAGUUUGUUAAUUAUACGUGCUGUUCCUUAGAAUCACUACUAGGUGUUAUACAGUUUGUUGUAUUUAUUAUCUAUAUGUACAGUGCUGCCUACUACCAAGAUCUUAUUGAAAUGUUAUUGAAUAAAUUGAAUGUAUGACUACUUA